AUGUCUUCCUUAACUUUCCUUCUGUGUGUGCAAACAGCAUUCUUCCAAAUUAUUGCUGGCCAGUUCCUUGGAAAUGCAUUAAAUAACAACAUGCUUGCACCUGGACUAGCGCCUGAGGCUAUGGGCUGGGCUGGACCAGGAUUUGGCUGCGGAGCUCCCUUCGGUGCCCCUUACGGUCCAGGACCCAUGAUUGCACCCGAAUUUGCACCUUUAGGACCGGCCACUCUUCCCUCAUCCAACGGCGGUGGUUUUAUGGUGUCAAGUAUAUCUCCUAUCGCUCCAAUGGGUGUGUCUGUUAUUUCUGACAACGAGUACACAGGUCCAUUGGCUGUUGGAGGUCAACUCCCCUUCUUAGGUACCGUGGAAUUAGAAGGUGCUCUCGCAACGGCCGGCUCUGGUGCCGUUUCAUAUGGCUGCGGUAAUGGAAAUGUUGGCAUGGUCAGCGAAGACAUACUUCCCACACCUGAAAUGGCAUACGCUAAUGGUUUCGGGCCCGGGUUCGGACCUGGUUUUGGACCUGGUUUCGGUCCCGGUUACGGAUAUGGCCCAGGAUUCCCUGGACCCAACUACGGUUUAGGACCUGCCGGUAUGGGAUUGAAUGGUCUUAACAGAUGUGAGAAUUGCUAUGGACAAUUUCUUGGGUCACCAUUUAACAACGGUAUGUUUGGAAACGGUUUAACAGCGGGCCAUCCCUUGGGACCAGGAAAUCCUUUAGCAGCUGCUAAUGUAGCGGCUAACAAUAUAGCAGCUACUAACAAUAUAGCGGCUAAUAAUAUAGCUGCUACAAACAAUAUCGCAGCUGCUAAUAAUAUCGCAACGGCUAACAUUGCGGCCGCCAACAAUUUAGCCGUUGCUAACAACUUAGCUACUGAAGCGAUAUUGCCAAUUGCAGCUCACCCAUUAGGUUACGAACCGAAGUUAGCUGGUUUACAAAUCGGUGACAUCGCUGCUUCUAAUAGCAGAGGCUUCCAAGUGACAAGUUCGUCACCAGGAGCUCCCCACGGCUUGUCGGUACUAUCUGAGAAUUUGCUAGUUGAAGGACCACUGGCAGUAACUGGCCAGCUUCCUUUCUUAGGAAGUGUUUCCCUGGAAGGACCCCUAGCUGCUGCAGGUCAAGGUGCAGUUUCGUAUGGCUGUGGUAAUGGAAAUAUUGGCAUGGUAAAUGAAAACACAGCUCCCGUUGGACCUAUGCCAGGUAUGCCUUACGGUGGAGUACCUAUGGGUCCAGGAUUUGCAGGCAACGGAUUUGGGUUCAACAAUUUUGCUGCGGGGAUCCCUAAUGAAUUCGCAACCGGGAGUCCUAUUGUAGCCUAA